AAGAGAACCACUUCUUCCCUUUAUAAAGCACUGGGUUAAGCACAUCUUUCUCGUAUUUUGGUACUGAGGAUAGAGUUCCGGAAGUAGAGUUGCUGGAUCAGACGUUAUAAAUAUGUGAAUGUUCUCAUGGUCAUUGACACAUUUUUCAGAUUGCUGGGACAUUCCAAAUUAUUCCACCCUUUUGGAAAACUGCGUGAGGAUACCAUUUUCAUUGUACCUUUUGCAAUACAGAUUCUGUUUUGUUUUAUUUUAUCAUAAAGGUAAUAUAUUUCUUUUAACAUUUCAUUGUUAAGAUAAAAAUUCAGACAAUAUAGAAUAUAAUGACAAUAUAGGAUGGCAUGAAGAAAAUAAAAAUCAUCCGUUUCCCACCACUUGGGAUAACUAUCGUUAAUGUUGACAUUUUGAUGUAUGCAGUAGUUUUUCAACAGCCAUUAGCCCUUAUAUACUUUUUAAAACCUUUUAUACAUAAGCAGGAAAGUACAUAAAUCAUAUCACUUGAUGAAAUGAAAAUAUUGUGUAACCAGCUCCCAGAUCAAGAAACAGAAACCCCCCCCAUAUGACUUUUCCAGUCUCCCUACCUGAAACCACCAAGGUAAACCACUAUCUCAUGUUCUAACGGCGUAGCUUAGGUUUGCUUAUUUGUGAAUGUUUAGUGAAUUGAAUCUUAACAGUCACUAUUUUUUAAUCUAAGUUUUAGAACAAUGUACUGUGGACAUUUUUAUAUAUUCUAUACUCAUAAAGGCUACACAGAAUCUGUUCAAUAAUAGGAAAUAAUUUUCAGUUUGUCAAUAUUAUAAACAACACUGUGAUGGAAAUCUUUAAAAUGUAUAUAUUUUUAAAACAUAAAUGCCUAAGUGCAGAACUUCUGAUUCGAUGAGUGGUAUGUUUUUCAGGUUUUUCACCCAUAAAGCAUAGUGCCAAAGUUGUUUAGGUUCAUGAUCCUUUAUCUAUAAUUCUAAAAUCCAGAAAGUUCUGAAAAUUAAAAAUUCUGCACUUGUGAUUAUUACAGCCUUUUUACAAAAGUUUUGACAAUUGAAAAGUCUUCAUAAAGCUGUGGCUAUUUCUAGUCUUUAUUCUCCUUGGAAUGUGUUUGCUUUUGGCGUGUGCUCAAAUAUAUGGAAAGUGUUCUAUGUUACCUUUCCAAAGUGUGAAGAAUUCCAGAUUCCAAUGUCCAUCUUGUCUCCAAUAAUUUUCUGAUAAGGCUUAUAGAUCUGCACCAGUUUAUAGCCUCAUCAACAGUGUAUAAAGAAGGCCUUUUUUUUAUACCCUUGCUGAAUAUUAUUCUUUUAAAAUUUUGCUAACUUGAGAGUAAACCAAAAACAAAAAAAGUGUAUCUCAUUGUUCUAAUUUAGAUUCCUUUGAUUUUCAUUUUGUCUGUGGAAUGACUUAAGUCUGUAGUAGAUUGUAUUUUUGUUUGAAAUUGUCACCCAAUUCCUUCUGGGGAGUAAAUUUCCCUACCGUGUUGACUUUGGACUUGUGCCACGUAGGAUGGCAAACUUGUCCUGGUUUGUUUGGAACGUCUCUGGUUUUGAAAGGGAAAGGCCCACAUCCUGAGAACUGUAUUAGUCCUGGGCAUACCGGAGAGGUUGGUCGCCUAAUUUGGUCAUGUGAUUUGUUUUGCCAUAUGGGAUAUUAGUGAAGAUAACAUAUGUCUUGCUGAAGCAGAAAUUCUCAGUGCAGUGGCAUGAUUUGGCUCGUCUCUCUUGUACUUCUGCCCGCUGCCUUGAGAACUGCCUGCUCCAUGCAGGGAAUUCUCCUUCAGCCUGGGUCCUGGAAUGAGAAGACAUCGAGCUGAUGCACAGCGGACCCACGGACCCCAUGUCACAUGAGGGAGAAGUCAGUCAAUGUCUUGUGAAGUGUUUGUCUUAAAUGAUGGUGGAGAAGUUGAUUUAGGCCUUGGUAAUUAUGAAAGGUUCCUGGAUAUUAAUCUUUAUAAGAACAACAACAUCACCACUGGGAAGAUAUAUCAGCAUGUGAUCAAUAAAGAGAGGCAUGGCGAUUAUCUGGGGAAAACCGUACAAGUUGUCCCUCAUGUUACCGAUGCUAUCCAGGAGUGGAUUAUGAAUCAAGCCCUGGUGCCUGUGGACAGUAAUAACGAAGAGCCCCAAAUAUGUAUCAUUGAGCUGGAUGGCACCAUUGGAGACAUUGAAGGAAUGCCAUUUGUGGAAGCAUUCAGACAAUUCCAGUUUAAGGCAAAAAUAGAGAAUUUCUGUAAUAUCCAUGUUAGCCUUGUCCCUCAGCAAGGUGCUACUGGAGAACAAAAAACUAAACCCACACAAAACAGCGUCCGUGUGCUGAGGGGGUUAGGCCUGUCUCCCGACUUGAUUAUCUGCCGAAGCUCUGCACCCAUUGAAAUGGCCACAAAGGAAAAGAUUUCUAUGUUUUGUCAUGUGAACCCUGAACAGGUCAUAUGUAUCCAUGAUGUUUCUUCCACAUAUCGAGUACCUUUGCUUUUGGAGGAACAAGGCGUUGUUAAAUAUUUUAAAGAGAGAUUGAAUCUGCCCAUUGUUGAUUCAGCAAGUAAUCUGCUUUUCAAGUGGAAAAAUAUGGCUGACAGGUGUGAAAGGUUACAGAAAACGUGUUGCAUAGCCCUGGUUGGCAAAGACACCAAGUUCAGGGACUGCUACACCUCCGUGUUCAAAGCCCUGGAACACUCGGCCUUGGCUGUCAGCCACAAGUUGAACCUGGUGUACAUAGACUCCAUUGAUCUGGAGCAGAGCACUGAAACUGAGGACCCUGUGAAGUUCCAUGAAGCAUGGCAGAAGCUAUGCAAAGCUGAUGGAGUUCUUGUGCCAGGAGGCUUUGGAAUCAGAGGAAUGCAGGGAAAAAUCCAGGCGAUUUCUUGGGCAAGGACAAAGAAGAUUCCUUUUCUGGGAGUUUGCCUUGGGAUGCAGCUUGCAAUGAUUGAAUUUGCAAGAAACUGCCUUAACUUGAAAGAUGCUGAUUCCAUGGAAUUCGAGCUGAAUGCCGGUGUUCCUGUGGUGAUUGAUAUGCCUGAACACAACCCUGGUGAUUUGGGAGGAACAAUGAGGCUGGGAAUAAGAAGAACUGUUUUCAAAACGGAAAAUUCAAUAUUAAAGAAACUUUAUGGUGAUGUACCUUUUAUAGAAGAAAGACACAGACAUCGGUAUGAGGUGAACCCUAGCCUGCUCAACCAAUUUGAGUGGAGUGACUUACAUUGUGUAGGCAAGGAUGUCAGUGGGGAGAGGCUGGAAAUUGUUGAACUGGCAAAUCACCCCUAUUUUGUUGGUGUCCAAUUCCAUCCCGAGUUUUCUUCUAGGCCGAUGAAGCCUUCCCCUCCGUACCUGGGGCUAUUACUUGCGGCUACUGGGAAACUGAAUGCGUACCUGCAACGGGGACGCAAACUGUCUAAGAGAAAGUGAUGUAAUCACAUCUACAACAGUAAUGUGUCAGCUUUCCAAACCAUGCCAGCACUGGGUGUUAGUUUGGAAACUUUUGUCGUUUUGAUAACUUAAAAAUAGGAUUUUCU